UUGACGUAUGUUUCCUACAAGAAAGUCUGUCAUUCAUUAUUUUGGUAAAUUAAUGUUUUGAAAAGAAAAAGGAAAUUUUGAGAUUCUAUUAGAUUACUUUGCAUAAUCAAGACUUAAAAUUUGUUGAUCAUGGAUAAGCAUAACAGUUCUGAACUGUUGAAUUCAGACUUUUCGUUAUCGAAGAAUGCCAGUUCCGACUCAUUGGACUCGGACUCAAAAUCGAGUUCAUUGAAUUCUAAACACGGACAAGACUCCCCUCAUGUACUGGGAGAUAUCCAUCUAUUGGAUGGUGAGAAAGUGAUGAGUGUGGCUAGAGAUGUGACCUACCUAUGUCCAUACAGUGGUCCCUCCCGGGGAGUACUGAAAGUGACCAACUACCAGCUGCAUUUCAGACCAACAGAUACAGCGGCAUUACAGAGUACUCUCAGUGUGCCUCUUGGUGUUGUAUCUCGCAUUGAGAAGGUUGGUGGGGCAUCAUCAAAAGGAGAAAACUCAUAUGGCAUUGAAAUCUUUUGCAAGGAUAUGAGGAAUUUACGAUUUGCCCACAAACAAGAGAAUCAUUCAAGGCGUGGGAUAUUUGAGAAGUUGCAACAAUUGGCAUUUCCGCUAUCACAUAGACUUCCUUUAUUUGCAUUUAGUUACUCAGAGAGCUUUCCAGAAGAUGGGUGGCAUGUGUAUGAACCUAUUGCUGAGCUGAGGCGUAUGGGUGUCAACAAUGACAUGUGGCGCAUAUCACGGAUAAACGACAAAUAUGAAGUGUGUGACAGCUACCCAUCAGUGUGGGCAGUGCCAGCCGCAGCCAACGAUGACCUACUGCGUGCUGUGGCCACGUUCAGAUCUAGAGGGAGGAUACCGGUCCUAGCCUGGAUACAUCCUAGCUCACAGGCCACUAUUACAAGAUGUAGCCAGCCUCUAGUUGGGGUAAGUGGCAAACGCAGCCGCGAAGACGAGCGCUAUAUCCAGCUGAUAAUGGACGCUAAUGCUCAGGCACAUAAGCUGUUCAUUAUGGACGCGCGACCCACUGCUAAUGCCGUCGCUAACAAGGCUAAGGGAGGAGGGUAUGAAUCAGAGGACGCGUAUCAGAACGCCGACCUUGUAUUCUUAGAUAUACACAAUAUCCACGUGAUGAGAGAGAGUCUUCGAAAGCUGAAGGAACUUUGUUUCCCACAAAUAGAUCAGACUAGAUGGUUCAGCGGCAUUGAAGCUAGCUGCUGGCUGAAGCACAUCAAAUGUAUAUUGGCUGGAGCUGUUCGUAUAGUCGAUAAGGUGGAAAAUCACAAGACUUCAGUACUGGUCCACUGUUCAGACGGAUGGGACCGCACGGCUCAGCUAACUGCCUUGGCGAUGUUAAUGCUGGACCCAUACUAUAGAACGUUGAGAGGAUUCGAAGUGCUCAUCGAAAAGGAGUGGCUGGCUUUCGGACAUAAGUUCCAGUUGCGCAUCGGCCACGGCGACGAGCGUCACUCAGACGCCGAUCGGUCCCCAGUAUUCGUGCAAUGGGUGGACUGUGUCUGGCAGCUGCAGCAGCAGUUCCCAACCGCCUUCGAGUUCACAGAGAGACUGCUCAUCACUGUGGUAGACCAUCUGUAUUCAUGCAGAUUUGGAACUUUCCUGUUUAAUACUGAGAGGGAACGGGCGAAGGAAGAAGUGAAAACCAAAACAGUAUCUCUAUGGUCGUACAUCAACAGUCGUCAGGACUUGUACCUGAACCCCUUAUAUUGGGGACCGUCCUCAUUCGGGGCCAGUUCGCCCCCCUCCCCCUACUCGCGGCCGCAAGUUGUAUUGGUACCCGUGGCGUCACUGAGAGUCAUAAAGCUGUGGAAGGCGCUGUAUUGUCGGUGGAACCCUACCAUGAGGCAGCAGGAUCCGAUCUACCAACGCACACGUGAACUAGUAGCGUUACGAGCACAACUAGAAGCUGCCGCAGCAGCCGCGGCCGGCGACCACGCGGCCCGCCAACACCGCCUCGGUCUCACCCCGCCCCGGGUCGCCAGCCCACACCACGUAUGAAACGAGGACUUGUACUUCUACGACAGCCAUCUGUCUGUCUGAGAAGUCUACACUAACAGACUGCGCGGUAUUGCAUUAUUAUACUUGUUAAAUAAAAAUAAUAGUAGUAUAAAUAAUAGUGAUGUGUUGACAAAACUCGGUACCGGGUCGCCAGCCCACACCACGUAUGAAACGAGGACUUGUACUUCUGCGACAGCCAUCUGUCUGUCUGAGAAGUCCACACUAACAGACUACACGGUAUUGCAUUAUUAUACUUGUUAAAUACAAUUUUAGUUAUGUGAUGUGUUGCAAAACUCGGUCCGAUCCGAAAGCUAGUUAAACAAGGACUUUUACUGUUAGUUGUCUAUGAUUAAAUUAUAAUUAAAUGUUCUAUACAUAUAAAAUUGUCUGUAAUGAUGAUUCAAUAAGGUGUUUUAAAAAAGUGCAUUUGGAGAAUAGCCAAUAUAAUAAUGACACUAUAGGUCGCGCCUAACUGAGUAAAUUUGUUUUUGAUGGCAAAAUAAGCCAAAUAAUCAUACUAUGUUAUUAUGUACUUGAAAGUGUAUUUGGCACGACUGGCUAAUUAGAACAUUUAUAUAGCUUGAUAAGAAUGUUAGCUGAAUUUAUUCCAUUUAUUUUUUUGUUAUGUGUAUGGUUAACAUAAACUGUGUGGAAUUAUGUGUAUUUGGAAUUAAUCGUAUUUAAAAUUAAAAUAAACUAUUAUUAUAUACCUAGUAAAAAAUCUAAAAGUAA